AUGCCGAGACCCAACUCUCGACGACCCGUCUUUCCCAGCGAGGACGGUGCCUUCUCCUCCACAGCGAGAGCCGAUGUGCACCAACUGGCUCCGCCUAGAACAGCAGCGGGGACAGCUUCAGGGUUGCGAUAUCAUCCACGGGGACUGACAGGACUCUCGGGACAAGCGAGAGAUGGCUUGGUCCCUGGGAAUGCGCGAUUCCAAAAUGGUGGUGAGGUUUUUGAAGGGCUAGACGAGGAGGACUUUGAGGAGGACGAAGACGACGACAGCGAGUUAGACGAUGGGGAGGAUGAAGAAGAUGAAGACCAGGAUGAAGCAGCUGCGGACGACGAAGACUAUGACAUGCAAGAUGACCAGAAAGACACCUCCGCUCCAAUCCCUCCAAACCUUCGCGAGAUCUCGUCGCUUGCGUCCUGGACUGUAUCAACGCAUAAGCCUGGCUGCGGUGUCGCUGCCCUCCGCCAUCCUUCUCCGUCCCAAUUCUGGCAAUCUGACGGUCCGCAACCGCACACCUUAUCCUUACACUUCUUCAAACGCGUUUCUGUGGUCAGAAUACGUGUAUAUCUUGAUUUCGAGCUCGACGAGAGCUACACGCCUACCAAGAUGGUGUUUCUAGCUGGUAUGGGUGGGAAUGACCUGGUUGAGUUUGCUACAUGGCAGGGUGAGACGCCAUGUGGGUGGGUUGAUAUCCCUUUAGACGGAGUCGGCGGAAAGCAUGAGCGACGGCCUAGAAGAAAGAAGCGAAGGAUGAAAGAAAAAGACGGAAAUCGUCAAAUAUCGAGCAUGCUGGACCAGGAGGGAGGAGGGUUGUUCGAUAGUAGCAUGAAUGAUUACGACGAAAUGAACACCGACAACGAUGAUUUUGACGACGAUGAUGAUGACAACGAUCCGUCUUCAGGGAAUAUCUUAAAGGCCAUGGUCAUCCAGGUUAAAAUAUGUGAAAACCAUCAAAACGGCAAGGACACGCACGUCCGAGGUUUUCAGGUCUUCGCUCGUGACGACAGAUAUUAUACCCGCACGCGGAGAGAUAGCACUCGUAGAUCGCUACGGAAUAGUGGCAGUGCGAGAAAAGAUGCUGAUGUCCAUACUGCGGAAGGUGAGCCUGACUUUGAUUUGGAGAAUGGAAUGGCAACAAUUGAUGAAUCGGAGUGGUUUCUACAACCCGAAAUUCGCUAG